AUGCCAUUUGGACUAACUAAUGCUCCUGCAGCUUUCAUGGGCCUCAUGAAUAGAGUAUUUAAGGAUUUCUUCGAUAAAUUUGCCAUUGUUUUUAUCAAUGAUAUCCUUAUAUACUCAAAGUCAGAAAAAGAACAUGGGGAACAUCUAAGAUGUAUGUUGGAAACUCUCAAAAAGGAACAAAUAUAUGCCAAAUUCAAGAAGUGUGAAUUUUUGCUCAAUAAAAUUAACUUUUUGGGACAUGUUGUGUCAAAAAGUGGGAUUUUGGUGGAUCCAGCUAAGGUAGAAGCAGUAAAAGGAUGGUCCCAACCAAGGAAUGCAACUGAAGUAAGAAGUUUUCUGGGCAUAGCUGGAUAUUAUCAACGAUUCAUAGAAGGAUUUUCCAAAAUUGCAACCCCACUUACGGCGCUCACUAUAAUGAAUAGUGGAUUCAUAUGGAUGGAAGUUUGUGAGGAGAGCUUUAUGGAAUUAAAUAAUCGACUAACUAAUGCUCCAAUCCUCACCAUCCCAAAUGGUACAGACGAGUUUGAAAUUUUCUGUGCUGCUUCAAAGAUGGGAUUAGGAGCGAUGUUGAUGCAAGAAAGGGGAGGAGUAGCUUACACCUUCAGACAACUAAAGGAUUACGAGAAAAACUACCCCACACAUGAUCUAGAGUUAGCUGCAGUAGUUUUUGCCUUGAAAAUUUGGAGACAUUAUCUCCACAGAGUAAGAUCUAACAAAGUAGCAGAUGCAUUAAGUAGAAAGACGUCGACAAGCUUGAUGUUCCUUCAAGCCUUGUCCAAACUACUACAACAGGAAGUAGUAAGAUCGGGUAUAGAAGUAGUAAUUGGAGGAUUGUCCAAUCUGACGUUGCAGUCGACUCUAUUGGAGGAAAUAAAAGAAGGUCAAGAAUCAAAUCCUCACCUAACCAAGGUCAAAGCAGAAGUCAAAGAAGAAAAAGUGAAGAAUUUUAAUGUUUUUGACUCAGAAAUAUUAAAAUUUAAUGGAAGAAUUUGCGUACCUACAAGAGAUGACAUUAGGAAAAAGAUUAGGAAUGAAGCUCAUAACACUCCAUACACAGUACACCCAGGCUCAACAAAGAUUUAUCAGGAAACCAUAGGGAUGGAACCCUAUGAAGCGUUAUAUGGGCGAAAAUGUCGAUCUCCUAUCCAUUGGCAUGAGGUGGGUGAAAGAAAGUACAUAGAGCAACAAAAUGGACCAGAUAUUGUGACGUUGCACAAUGGAAGUCGUUUGAAAAAUUCAACAGAGGAUAGCAGCAACUCAAAGUCGACAAAAGUGAUAUGCAGACAAACGAAGAAGACCAUUAGAGUUCCAAGUUGGAGAAAAAUUAUUUAUACGGAUAACACCAAUGAAAGGUGUUAUGAGAUUUGGACAAAAGGAAAGUUGAAUCCAAGGUUCAUUGGACCUUUUGAAAUAUUAGACCGAAUUGGAAAAGUGGCCAAUAAAUUGGCACUGCCACCAGAGUUGUCGAAUGUACAUGAUGUCUUCCAUGUGUUUAUGUUCAAGAAAUAUAUUCCUGAUUUCAGUCAUGUGUUGCAACAUGAAGUUAUCCAGGUGGACAAAGACCUUACCUAUGAGGAAAAACCUAUCCAAAUCUUGGAUCGAAAGAAUAAGGUCUUAAGAAAUAAAGAAAUACCUUUGGUCAAGGUAUUGUGGAGAAGCUAG